GAAAAAAAAAAGAGUACGCGGUAUAAAGACAAUGCGUUUGUGAUUAUAACGAUAAAACGAAUUUAUUUGUAAAAUAAUAUAUAAUUUUUUACAAUUGUAAAUAAAAUAAUGUACAAAUUGAUUACAAAAAUCGUCGUAUACAAGGAAGUGUGAAAAAUUGUGUUUUCAUUUUUUCAUGUCCGUGACAGUUGUGUGCAAGGUUAUAAAUUAAUAAUUUUGUGAAUAAGAUACUUUUUUGUGGAAAAUAAUGGAUUCGGCGCCAGCCCAGGAGGUCACGGAGCUGCUGAAGCAAUGGGAGGAGCAGCACACGACGCCGAACUACGAUCCUAUACCUACUUUGACGAGGAUAGCAGAAAUAAUAGAAGCGGAGACAGAGAACUUCAUGAAGAAGGACCCGGACCCGUUCGACGAGCGCCACCCGUCGCGCACCGACCCCGAGUGCGCGCUCGGGCACGCGCUCAAGGUCAUGUUCAAGAAGGACUCCUUCAUGACCAAGCUAGUCAACGACUACGUGCGAGACACGUACUACUCGCGGCAGAACAUCACGGGCCGAGACGUGCACAAACUCAACGUGGCCGCCUGCAGACUUACCCUGGACCUGAUGCCGGGCCUGGAGAUGAGCGUCGUGUUCCAGGACAACGACGCGCUGAUCCACCGGCUGGUGGGCUGGGCCACCAGCUCCGCGGAGCCGCUGCAGUGCUACGCCACCGGGCUACUAGCCGCCGCCAUGGAGGUGCAGGAGAUCGCCACCAACUUCAGGGAUAUAAACGCGAUGCUGGUGCCGCUGAUGCUGCGGCGGCUUCACGUGCUGCGGAACAAGAACCAGGAGGAAAAGCAAAGCAACCAAAACACAACGCCGCCGAGCCAGACGCGGCACUUCGCGCGCUUCGACAAGAAAAGGCAGAGCGAUGUCAAGUGCAACGGGCCCAGCGAGAAACCCGGCAAGAAAGACCGGGAGAAGGAUUCUGGCGGGGGCGGCGAUGUGGAGAUGGAGCUGGCGACGUCCCCCGCCGACCCCGGCACGCCUGUCAAGAACUGCAACUCUAACGCGUCAUCUCCCGCGCACGGCGGCAUGAUGUCGCCGCCGCCGCGCCCGCCGCCGCUCGCGCCCCCUCCCCCGCACGUGCACGAGACGGAGUCCAACUCCAGCUGGGCCGAGAUGGAGACUUACGUUAUAGGAAACAUCCAGAUCCACCCGCCUACGGACGCCACCAAACAGAUGCUCAUACUGCGAUACCUCACGCCCAUGGGCGAAUACCAAGAGUUCCUAUCGCACGUGUUCGCACAGAACGCGCUCGGGCUCAUCCUCGGCUACCUCAACGUGCGAGAGUCCAGAGACUCGAGACUCGCGUUCGAGGCCCUCAAGUACCUGGCCGCUCUCCUCUGCCACAAGAAGUUCUCCAUAGACUUCAUACACAUGGGCGGGCUCCAGAAAUUUCUCGAAGUACCUCGACCGUCAGUGGCAGCGACUGGCGUGUCCAUCUGUCUGUACUACCUCGCGUACUGUGAAGACGCCAUGGAGCGCGUGUGCCUCCUACCACGAGCCACGCUCGCUGAUUUAGUCAAAUACGCGCUAUGGCUGCUAGAGUGUUCGCACGACUCUGGCCGCUGCCACGCGACCAUGUUCUUCGGCCUAUCUUUCCAAUUCAGAGUCAUCUUAGAAGAGUUCGAUAAUCAGGACGGGCUCAGAAAGCUGUAUAACGUAAUAUCAACACUGCCGAUACUGGGCUCGGACGAGGAGGAAUCUCGAGUGUCUGAGGACGAGACUUGCGCCGCCAGACAAAUCGUCAGACACGUCUGCGUUGCGCUUAGAAGGUACCUGGAGGCGCACUUGCGGCUGCGGGCGGCGCAGGUGGCGCGCGCGCAGGGCGACAGUGUUCCAGAACCGCCGCCUUAUAAGGCGUCAAAAUCAUCCCCCGAAGAGAUCCAAGAACAAAUCGAGCUCCUCCAAUCAGUGGCGUGGUCGCGCUGGGCGCCUGUUGACGAGCUAGUAGAACUAGGAGGAAUCAGUCUCCUACUGCAGGUGGUCGGCCUGGCUUAUGAGUGGAACUUCAACGGCAGGUCUGAAACGGUCCGCUCGGCGCUGGACGUGGUGUCGGUGUGCUGCGUGGCGCCGCGGGUGCAACUCCUGCUCACGGAGAAGGUGGACAUGCGAGACGCGGACAUGACUACAGGCGUCAACAUCGUGCUCGGCGCGGCUGACGGCGAGAUAGCACCUGAACCGGAAGUACAAAAGGCGGCGCUGAACGUGCUGGUCAACUGCGUGUGCGCGCCCGUGCACAGAUCAGGAACGUCGACAACUCGCUUCUCAAUAUCAGGCUCGAGCAAGAAGAAAACUGCACUGAAGUCCUACGAAGAUGUCAUACAGAAAGUGUGGGAGAGCGUGCGCUCCAAUAACGGAAUCAUGGUGUUAUUAUCUCUGAUGAUGGUGAAGCAGCCAAUCACAGACGCGGACCGGCUGCGAGGGCUGGCGUGCCGCGCGCUGGCGGGGCUCGCUCGCUGUGCCACCGUGCGGCAGAUCAUCUCCAAGCUGCCCCUCUUCACCACCAGCCAGAUACAAGUGUUAAUGCGCGACCCCAUCCUACAGGAGAAGCGUCAGGAGCACGUGAUGUUCCAGAAAUACGCGCUGGAAUUAUUAGAGCGGGUCUCUGGAAAAAGUAAACAUAUGGGCGCCGAGUUCGAGACCUCCCUCGCUAACAUACAUCGGGCGAACGUGGUGGCACAAACCCGCAUCCACUACAACGAGCGUCAGCUCCUGCAGCUGGUGGCGGCGCACCUCGCGGCGCGCGGGCUGAGCGAGAGCGCCGCCACGCUGCAGCGAGAAGCGGCUCUACCCGCGCCCGCGCCCGCUCAGCUAGCUCCGCCGCCGCCGCCCGUCUACACGCCCGCCGCACCGGUCACACCCACCGCCGCUCCGCACCGGGUGAGUCUAGCGACUAGUGUAGGAUGUAGAGGGCUGAGCGAGAGCGCCGCCACGCUGCAGCGAGAAGCGGCUCUACCCGCGCCCGCGCCCGCUCAGCUAGCUCCGCCGCCGCCGCCCGUCUACACGCCCGCCGCACCGGUCACACCCACCGCCGCUCCGCACCGGGUGAGUCUAGCGACUAGUGUAGGAUGUAGAGGGCUGAGCGAGAGCGCCGCCACGCUGCAGCGAGAAGCGGCUCUACCCGCGCCCGCGCCCGCUCAGCUAGCUCCGCCGCCGCCGCCCGUCUACACGCCCGCCGCACCGGUCACACCCACCGCCGCUCCGCACCGGGUGAGUCUAGCGACUAGUGUAGGAUGUAGAGGGCUGAGCGAGAGCGCCGCCACGCUGCAGCGAGAAGCGGCUCUACCCGCGCCCGCGCCCGCUCAGCUAGCUCCGCCGCCGCCGCCCGUCUACACGCCCGCCGCACCGGUCACACCCACCGCCGCUCCGCACCGGGUGAGUCUAGCGACUAGUGUAGGAUGUAGAGGGCUGAGCGAGAGCGCCGCCACGCUGCAGCGAGAAGCGGCUCUACCCGCGCCCGCGCCCGCUCAGCUAGCUCCGCCGCCGCCGCCCGUCUACACGCCCGCCGCACCGGUCACACCCACCGCCGCUCCGCACCGGGUGAGUCUAGCGACUAGUGUAGGAUGUAGAGGGCUGAGCGAGAGCGCCGCCACGCUGCAGCGAGAAGCGGCUCUACCCGCGCCCGCGCCCGCUCAGCUAGCUCCGCCGCCGCCGCCCGUCUACACGCCCGCCGCACCGGUCACACCCACCGCCGCUCCGCACCGGGUGAGUCUAGCGACUAGUGUAGGAUGUAGAGGGCUGAGCGAGAGCGCCGCCACGCUGCAGCGAGAAGCGGCUCUACCCGCGCCCGCGCCCGCUCAGCUAGCUCCGCCGCCGCCGCCCGUCUACACGCCCGCCGCACCGGUCACACCCACCGCCGCUCCGCACCGGGUGAGUCUAGCGACUAGUGUAGGAUGUAGAGGGCUGAGCGAGAGCGCCGCCACGCUGCAGCGAGAAGCGGCUCUACCCGCGCCCGCGCCCGCUCAGCUAGCUCCGCCGCCGCCGCCCGUCUACACGCCCGCCGCACCGGUCACACCCACCGCCGCUCCGCACCGGGUGAGUCUAGCGACUAGUGUAGGAUGUAGAGGGCUGAGCGAGAGCGCCGCCACGCUGCAGCGAGAAGCGGCUCUACCCGCGCCCGCGCCCGCUCAGCUAGCUCCGCCGCCGCCGCCCGUCUACACGCCCGCCGCACCGGUCACACCCACCGCCGCUCCGCACCGGGUGAGUCUAGCGACUAGUGUAGGAUGUAGAGGGCUGAGCGAGAGCGCCGCCACGCUGCAGCGAGAAGCGGCUCUACCCGCGCCCGCGCCCGCUCAGCUAGCUCCGCCGCCGCCGCCCGUCUACACGCCCGCCGCACCGGUCACACCCACCGCCGCUCCGCACCGGGUGAGUCUAGCGACUAGUGUAGGAUGUAGAGGGCUGAGCGAGAGCGCCGCCACGCUGCAGCGAGAAGCGGCUCUACCCGCGCCCGCGCCCGCUCAGCUAGCUCCGCCGCCGCCGCCCGUCUACACGCCCGCCGCACCGGUCACACCCACCGCCGCUCCGCACCGGGUGAGUCUAGCGACUAGUGUAGGAUGUAGAGGGCUGAGCGAGAGCGCCGCCACGCUGCAGCGAGAAGCGGCUCUACCCGCGCCCGCGCCCGCUCAGCUAGCUCCGCCGCCGCCGCCCGUCUACACGCCCGCCGCACCGGUCACACCCACCGCCGCUCCGCACCGGUCGCGGUUAUCUGGUGCGCGAUCAAGCACAAGUUCCCUCGUCCGUGAUCACCACGACCUGUUCAACAACAGUAUAGAAGAGAGUCAUGUACCACAAGUUAUUAAAUUAAGAAAAGUCCAAAACCAGUGCAUGUCCCCCACCACUCUAGGGGGUAGCGAGCAUCGGCGCUCCUUACAGAAGCAGCUCAGCGCCGCCGCCGGCGACCCGGCGCUCACCGCCCACAGGGUCACGCUCCACUCCAUCAUCACCGAAUACUUGUACAACCAACACGCCACCUGCAAGAACCCCGUCGUCACCUGCCCGCAGUUCAACCUGUUUGAGCCGCACAAGUGCCCCGACCCGCGCGGCGCGGGCUCCCUCCUGGCCGCGCCGGCGCCCAACGUGUGCGCGCGCCUGCUGCGCCGCGAGCUGGGCGCGCCGUGCUACGCCAGCCGGAGAGCCGACGCCAAGCUCGCGCACUCGCACUUCGCCGCCGCGCGCACGCUGCGUCUGCAGGACGACGACGCCUACUUCACGCACACCAUCUUCCACCCGACGCAGCAGCAACUGCUAGCAGCGACAUCUUCAGGUGACAUACGCAUCUUCAACCUGUUCAGCGGCGCCGAGGAAAACACCUACCAAGUCCACGAGUCAUACAUCUAUCACAUGCAGGCGAGUCGCGAUGGUUUACUGCUGCUAGCUUCAGCCACCACGACGUGGCGACCGCUUUCUGCGCUCUGGAAUAUGAAGGAAUUCGAACAAAUGUUUCAACUAGACAACGAGGAAUACGUAGAGUUCUCCAAGAUGUCUGACGACCGCAUAAUCGGCACCAAAGGAGAGACCGCCACCAUCUUCGACACGCGCACGGGGAGGGAGCUCCUCACCCUCGCGCCCUCCAUCUCCAACCAGUACGCCAAGAACAGGGCCACCUUCAACCCCACGGAUGAGCUGGUGCUGUCAGACGGCGUGCUGUGGGACGUGAACUCCGGCAAGGAGAUCCACAAGUUCGACAAGCUCAACCAAACGCACAGCGGCGUGUUCCAUCCCAAUUCACUAGAAGUAAUAUCAAAUACAGAAGUAUGGGAUUUAAGAACAUUCCAUCUACUUAGAACAGUACCAACUUUAGACAAAUCAGAGGUGAUCUUCAACCCGACGGUGUCCGCGUUAUACGCGGUGUGUUCCGAUCAGGACUCUGAAGAGCGGAGCCAGUUCGACACCAGCUUUAAGACGCUGGAUCCCUUCGACUACUCUAGCAUAGCCACGAUCGACGUGAAGCGCAACAUCUACGCUUUGAGCGUGAACCGCUGGGGCACGCAGAUCAGCGUCGUCGAGAACAUGGGCGACUUCGACCACAUGCAGGAGUCCGCCGUCAAGGUGUACGACGUGGGCCGCAAGCGCGACCACGACGACGACGCGGAGGAGGAGGACUCGGAGGAGCUGGCGGGCGCCUCCGACAACGACGACGGCUCCGACUCGGGCUCCGGCGACGACGAAGCCUCGAACCUCCUGCGCAACGCGGUGAUGGAGCUGGCGGCCGGCAGCUCGGGCGACAGCCAGGCCGCCGACGACGAGCGCCCGCGGCGCCGCCGCCGCCGGAGACGGCCGACAGAGGGCAGCAGCAACGACAGCGACGACGACGACGUGCGCCUCGACGACAUCAUCCAGUUCGAGCUCGACUAGCAAAUAAUAUACCUUACUUUACUGCC